AUGGAUAGUUCACGUUCAUCUUUACCAAAUGUUGAUCGAGCUAAUUCGACAUUAUUUAAGCGUUAUCUCGAUGAACAACAUAAAUCAGUUGUUAAAUCAACUAAUUAUCCAUCACUAUCACGUCCUAUCAAUACAUCAAUACAAAUCACUCAUACACAUCGACAACAACAACAAAAUGAGACAUAUAUAACACCUAAAUCUAAUAAUAAUAAUAAUAUUAAUUCUAAUCAGCAGGUUAUGAUUAAACGAAAAUUUUCUACUGGACGAAAACCAUCAGGUGAUACAUCAAAACAACGUGUAUCACAUACAAGUCGAUUUAUGAAACGUUUUCAACGUCAACAUAAAAAUGGUGAAACAAUAACAAAUGUACAAAAACAUGAUGGUGGAAGAGCUCGUUUUGAAUUUCAUGAUCCUCCAUCUACUAUAAAACCAGUUCGAACUGAUCAAGAUACUCGAUGUACAUGUCUUAUAUCAUCUAAUCGACAUGGAGGAGAUUGUCAUCAUUCUUUAAAUAAAACAUCACAAGUACCACGUCUUUCUUUGAAUGAACUUUUUCAUGCAACUUCACAACAUCGACAAAAACCUGUACAAGAAUCGAUAGCACCACCAAUAUCACCAAAAUCUAUAUUACCACCGACAAUAGAUGAAUCUAUACGACAAGGUGAAUCUAUUACAAAUUUUACAUAUCCAGUCGAACAAAAUCGACUUUCAUCACCAUCAAUAACAAUAAAUACGGAAUCAGAAAUAAUUCUUCAUGAUAAUCCAUCGAUUAAUAUAUCAAAUGAAUAUUGGCCAUUGAUUAAUGAUUUUUUACACGAAAUAUCCAUUGAAAUGAAUGAUAAACCAAAUGUUGAUAUGCUUUUAGAAAUUGAAGAAUCACUUGCACAACGUAUUUAUGAUUGUAUUGUUGAACAAGAUGAUGAUGAACAUGAAAAUGAUACUCAAUCAUAUUCAACUCCUACGAAUAAUUCAUCGAUUUUAUCAGUACCACAACCACCACCACCAUUAAAUAAUCGAAUUUCACAAGAAUCAAUUAUUUUACCUCCAUCACCUAUAAGUACAACUACUAAAGAUCGAGAAAAAUAUUUUCAACCAAUUCGUGAACCACCAAUUUCAUCAUUCAAUAAUCUUCUUGAUCGAAAUCGACAUUCAACACCGUUUAAUCAUUUAUCCAAACAAAUAGAAAACGAUGGUCGAUCACCAUUUGCUCAAUCUUUAUUUGAACCAGUAAAUCUAUUACGAACAGUUACAACUAAUGAUAAUGAUGAUUUUAAUUUUUUUCCUCCAUCAUUUUCAUUUAAUAAUCAAAAUAAUAUAAAUACAGAUUUAACAUUAUUACAACAAUCAAAAGGUGAACUAUCACAAACAACAUCAUAUCAUCCUUCAUUACCAUUUUUAAAUCAUCUUCUUCCGUCACGAACAACUCCUAUUGAUACAAAUAUUUCAGCGUUUAAACCUAUUGAAUCAACAAAUAUGAGAUCAACAACAUCAUUUGCAUUGAAACGACCACAAGUUAAAAGUACUUCAUCAACAGGAACAAAUUGGUUCGGACAAAGUUAA